GAUCUCAAAAUCAAAGAUCACAAAAUUACAUCUCUUUAUAAAAACCUAUAGAUAUAUUUAUAUAACAUUGAAAAAUAAUAUUUAUUAAAAAAAAAUAAAAAAAAAUUUAAGAAAACGAAAGGAAAAACCCUAAUUUUGAAAAUUAUGAGGACAUGAUUAGAGUAUGGCUAAGGAACACGAAACGAGCGUCCAACCAUGGUGCACGUUAGAGGAACUCUUACUAGCGUGCGCCGUUAACCGGCACGGCACCAAGAACUGGGACUCCAUCGCCAUGGAACUCUCCAACCGAACUGAAUCCCCAUGGACUUCAGAUACCUGUAAACACAGGUUUGAUGAACUCAAACGACGUUUCACUUCACGAAACGACGAUGAAUCAGCGAGUUUCCUUCUUAUUGUUGACCAACUCAAGAAGAUUCGCCUCGAGGAGCUCCGCCGCGAGGUUCGGCGACGCGACGUUUCGAUCGUGUCGUUGGAGUUGAAGGUGAAGAGAUUGGAAGAAGAGAGAGAAAAGAGUUUGAAAGAAGAAAACGAAGAUAAGAUCAAUCUCGAAGAAAACGAACGUAGAUUGAACUCACCGGAGAAUAAUCUCGCCGUGAAAUCGAAUUCCGAUUCUUGCGACCGCGAGAAUCGAUCUUCCGACGAGUCUAAUUCCACCUCUCGACGAAACGGCGCCGUGAAAUCCGAAACGGAACCCGAACCAGAGAGGAGAAAUGAUUCGGAUCCUCCACGACCCGAAUCCGAACCCGGAAAAGUCGUUAACGGUGAUGAGAAUGAGACUAUGGCGGCGCGAGGAGAAGAUAAUACGAAACAGAGUAGCGAUGUUCAGAGCUCCAUGAGUUUAUCGAAGAGUAAACGAAGCCGUAAAAGAAGCGGCGCCGAAGCUGGAGCCGGAGCCGGAAGCGGAGCCGCCGCUGUAAGCAGUAGCGGCGGGGAAGAGCCAGAAGGUGGUGAUGAGGUUUCUCCCGCCACCAAAAAUCGAGUCUCGGGUCUUAAAUCUGAGCCGUUGGUUAAAUUUCUGGGGACCGUUCGAUCUCACCGGUUCGGUUCUGUUUUCCAUCGACGGCUUCGUACCCAGGAAUCUCAAAGGUACAAAGACAUGAUACGGCAACACAUUGACCUGAGAACGAUUGAAGCCAGACUUGAUAAAGGGGUUUACUUGAAUGGUUUCCACAAGUUCUUUAGAGACCUUCUUCUUCUAUUUACCAACGCCGUCGUCUUCUUCCGGGAAAGUUCGCCGGAAUACGCUGCAGCUCAGGAGCUAAGGAGCUUAGUGUUGAAAGAAAUGAAAGCCAAGGUUGGUAAAGCUCGACCCUUUAUUGCUAUUGAUCAUAGUAAAAAAGUUGUAGUAGUAGAAAAAACAGAUUCAUCAGCUCCCAAAUCAAACAAGUCUUCUCAAUCUAUUAUAGUAACUUGUGGUAAAAGGAGUAGUAAGUCUUCUGAAGAAAAAGUUGUUGUUGUUGAUGAUGAUGAUGAUGAGAAGAAGAAGAUGAAGAAGAAGAAAAAGAAGAGUAAGAGUCAUGAUAGUAAUAACAACAGUACUACUAGCUCUUUCGUUUCGAUUGAUGAAAAGGGUAUUAGGAAAAAGAGGAGUCAAGAAAGAGUUAUUGGGAGGAAAAUUACAAAUGAUCAGCAUGAGUUUGGAGUAAAUGAGCUUAGUUUACAUGACACUAGUAAAACUCUGUUGUUAGAGGUUAGUAAUAGUAAUAAUAGUAAUAAGAAUAAAGAGAAUGCUAAGAAGAAAGCUGGGGUGGCUAAUUUCUUGAAGAGAAUGAAGCAAAACUCAACAGAUCAUAAUAAUAAUAAUAAUAGUAAUAAUCAUCAUCACGAUGAUGAUCAUAAUGUUUUAGAAGAUGAUGAUGAUAGUAUUAGUAGUGGUGAAGAAGAAGAAGUGGAGAAGAUCAAUAAGAAGAAGAUGAUUACAACGAAAAAGAAUAAUGGUAAAUUGGAUGAGAGAGUACAAGAAAGGGUAACUCGAAAUUCGACACGUAGUAAUAAGGAUGAGGGUAGUAGGAAGACGAGGAAAACGGUUGGGAGACCAAUGAAGAAACCGGAGAAGGAGAAGGCGACGGUGGUGGCCGCGGCCAAGACGGAGGUAACUACCAAUAAAAGAGGGAGAGAUAAUAGUGAGGGGGAUGUUGGGGUUGGUGGGAGGCUUAAAAAACGUUCAAGGAGAUGAUGAUGAUGAUGAUGUUGAAUAUUGAAUAGUAUUAUUAGUAGUGGUACUUAGUAGUUUAGUGUUGUAUAAUGUAUAUUAUUUAGUGUUGUAUUGUUUUUUGAUCUUUUUUAUUAUUUUGACCUUUUUUUAUUUGCUAAGCCAAAUAUAAGAAAGGAAAUUAAGGAAGGUGGUAAUUUCCUCAAAGGAAUAGGUCUUCAAUGAUUUUUGUCCUUCAUUAACACAAACGAGAGUAGCUCUUUUAGACCUUUCUUUUGUUAUUUUUUACAAUUCUAUUCAAUAAUGGUGAAUACUAUUUUGGAUCUUGCAAAAGUUAUUGAUUAGAUU